ACUAUAUUCAGCCCUUCCCUUCAUUCUACCAUCAGUAGCAGUAAGCAACACAUCCAUAGCGAGAGAGAUAGUGAGUUCGCGUUUCGAAACCGCGCAAAUUCGGGGUGAUUAGCAGUGAUACGUGAUCGACAAGGCCAAAGUGUAUCAUUAAACGUCAAAUUGGUUCCCAUUACCUUUCCGGUCGUAUAAUAUCCCCUCUCUCCCAAAAAAAAAAACGACCAACAGCAUCCGGUAGCAAACAUAUUGCCGCUCUCCGCCCGUGCCGAUGGAGAUCCGAGGGCUGCUGAUGGGUAGACUACGGUUAGGACGGCGGAUGGUUCCGCUGGGUCUGCUCGGCGUGACCGCGCUGCUACUAAUCCUGCCACCCUCCGCGCUGGUGCAGGGCCGGCACCACGAGCUCAACAAUGGUGCCGCCAUCGGAUCGCAUCAGCUGUCGGCUGCCGCCGGUGUUGGCCUUGCCUCCCAGUCCGCCCAGUCCGGAUCGCUCGCAUCCGGUGUGAUGUCAUCCGUUCCUGCUGCCGGAGCGUCCUCCUCUUCCUCCUCGUCGUUGCUGUCAUCGUCAGCCGAGGACGACGUGGCGCGCAUUACUCUCAGCAAGGACGCAGACGCAUUUUUUACACCAUAUAUAGGUCACGGUGAGUCCGUACGAAUUAUAGAUGCCGAAUUGGGCACGCUCGAGCAUGUCCACAGUGGAGCAACGCCGCGGCGACGCGGUCUGACGAGGCGCGAGUCAAACUCGGACGCGAACGACAACGAUCCGCUGGUGGUCAACACGGAUAAGGGGCGCAUCCGCGGCAUUACGGUCGAUGCGCCCAGCGGCAAGAAGGUGGACGUGUGGCUCGGCAUUCCCUACGCCCAGCCGCCGGUCGGGCCGCUACGGUUCCGUCAUCCGCGGCCGGCCGAAAAGUGGACCGGCGUGCUGAACACGACCACACCGCCCAACAGCUGCGUGCAGAUCGUGGACACCGUGUUCGGCGACUUCCCGGGCGCGACCAUGUGGAACCCGAACACGCCCCUGUCCGAGGACUGUCUGUACAUUAACGUGGUGGCACCGCGGCCCCGGCCCAAGAAUGCGGCCGUCAUGCUGUGGAUCUUCGGCGGCGGCUUCUACUCCGGCACCGCCACCCUGGACGUGUACGACCACCGGGCGCUUGCGUCGGAGGAGAACGUGAUCGUGGUGUCGCUGCAGUACCGCGUGGCCAGUCUGGGCUUCCUGUUUCUCGGCACCCCGGAAGCGCCGGGCAAUGCGGGACUGUUCGAUCAGAACCUUGCGCUACGCUGGGUGCGGGACAACAUUCACCGGUUCGGUGGCGAUCCGUCGCGUGUGACACUGUUCGGCGAGAGUGCCGGCGCCGUCUCGGUGUCGCUGCAUCUGCUGUCCGCCCUUUCUCGCGAUCUGUUCCAGCGGGCCAUCCUGCAGAGCGGCUCGCCGACGGCACCGUGGGCAUUGGUAUCGCGCGAGGAAGCCACGCUAAGAGCACUGCGGUUGGCCGAAGCGGUCGGCUGCCCGCACGAACCGAGCAAGCUGAGCGAUGCGGUCGAGUGUCUGCGCGGCAAGGACCCGCACGUGCUGGUCAACAACGAGUGGGGCACGCUCGGCAUUUGCGAGUUCCCGUUCGUGCCGGUGGUCGACGGUGCGUUCCUGGACGAGACGCCGCAGCGUUCGCUCGCCAGCGGGCGCUUCAAGAAGACGGAGAUCCUCACCGGCAGCAACACGGAGGAGGGCUACUACUUCAUCAUCUACUACCUGACCGAGCUGCUGCGCAAGGAGGAGGGCGUGACCGUGACGCGCGAGGAGUUCCUGCAGGCGGUGCGCGAGCUCAACCCGUACGUGAACGGGGCGGCCCGGCAGGCGAUCGUGUUCGAGUACACCGACUGGACCGAGCCGGACAACCCGAACAGCAACCGGGACGCGCUGGACAAGAUGGUGGGCGACUAUCACUUCACCUGCAACGUGAACGAGUUCGCGCAGCGGUACGCCGAGGAGGGCAACAACGUCUACAUGUAUCUGUACACGCACCGCAGCAAAGGCAACCCGUGGCCGCGCUGGACGGGCGUGAUGCACGGCGACGAGAUCAACUACGUGUUCGGCGAACCGCUCAACCCCACCCUCGGCUACACCGAGGACGAGAAAGACUUUAGCCGGAAGAUCAUGCGAUACUGGUCCAACUUUGCCAAAACCGGCAAUCCUAAUCCCAACACGGCCAGCAGCGAAUUCCCCGAGUGGCCCAAGCACACCGCCCACGGACGGCACUAUCUGGAGCUGGGCCUCAACACGUCCUUCGUCGGUCGGGGCCCACGGUUGAGGCAGUGUGCCUUCUGGAAGAAGUACCUUCCCCAGCUAGUUGCAGCUACCUCGAACCUACCAGGGCCAGCACCGCCCAGUGAACCGUGCGAAAGCAGCGCAUUUUUUUACCGACCUGAUCUGAUCGUGCUGCUGGUGUCGCUGCUUACGGCGACCGUCAGAUUCAUACAAUAAUUACUACCCCAUCCAUGGCCUAGUUCGUUUAAGCUUUAAGAUAGUGAGGAACAAAUUUUUCCUAACCAAUUUCCCCCCCUUUAGAGCAGAACCGAGGGAGAGAUAGGACUACAUAGCGAAAAGGGAAAACAAGUGGUGGCGGGCGAGGAGAGAAGAAGCAAAUCGAAUAAUCGAAGCAACAACAACAACAACAAAAAACUGCAACCGGGUUCACUAAACCCAGGGGGCAGCUCAGUAGCAAACUACUACUUAAAUAUCUACUUUCUUAUGGCAAAUUAUGGCAAGAGCAGUCGUGAUGGGUUCGAUCAGUAUCCAUAUGACCGGAGCAGCUGAACCGUUUCAUGGGCAGUUGCUGGAAUACACCACGACCCAGUACACACAGUAACACACUUCUUAUAGCUUUACACUAAAAACCACUCUCCCCACGCUCCUCUUCCCCUUCCCCUUCACACAGACAGCAGCGCCGUUUGUAGCAGGAUCUACUACCGUGCGGUUUGGUAUGGCGGCCAACAACACUAAACACCACACAUCUACUAAAACACACCGGAACAAUAAACAAAUGUUAAACUUACUAUAUGAAUAUACAUCUAGACGCAUAUAUACGCAUGAACUACUACUUCCCUCGUGUUCUGACAAAACACAUUACCUUGUCCCCCCUCCCCCUCCGGUUUGCUUACCACCACUGCACCACCAGUAUGAAUUUGUUCCAUAAUAACGCUUCGUAACUCGUUACCAGGAGCAGAACUGGGUCGUUGGCGGAGUGCUGCGCGUUACGUGCUGAAGAUUUAAACUAGCACCGCGCACACUUUCGACACGCAACCACAGCUCCACAUCACGAAAGCAACAUCCUGGCCCUAUCCGUUUUCUCAUUCUUAAAACUUCUUUCCUUAGACCAAAACCAACGCAAACUAGCAAAAGGUACUAGAGUAACCGGUGCAGUACACACUGUGCUACAAUUGAGCGUAGGGAGGAGGUAUAAUUUCUGCAAAAUGUAUAAAACAAAACUAAAACAAACUAAUUACUUGCAAUCCAUUCUAAAGCACGAAAACUCCUCAAAAUAAAAACGGGAAGUAAACAAAAAAAUCAGAACGAACAAAUUUACCUAAAAAAAAGUAAACAAAACAAAAAAGCCUACUAACCUUACUAAUCCCAUUGGAUUGUCGCGAACCCGUUGGAGCAAAAGCGUAAGAUAAAGAUAAGGAAGUUAAAAGCAAAACUGAAAUCAAAAACACACACACACACAAACUACACAAAUACACCUAAGCGAAACACCUGCAACAACAGCAAGAACAACAAGGAAAAACCCACAAAUACUAUCAACAAUCAAUUAGAUGUAACUAAAGAAACUAGAAGAAAGAGAGAAAAAGAAAACAUUUAGGCCGAGGCCGAGGCGCAAAAGGAAAAUUGCGAAGCACACAAAAACAAACAAAAAACAGAUUAGGUUACAACAGAAAACCAAAACUGUCGAGCAAAGCGUCGCGCGAGUACAUUUUCUACUUUCACGUUCUUCAGACCGCUGAUGGAAGCAAACAAAUGAACGGAACGCGGGAAGGGAAUAGACAACAACACAUCGCCGGAACGAUCCGGGGCCCGGUGGUGGAUGAAAGAUUAGAGUUUAGCCCUUUAGCCGAGACUCUCUGCACUGCUGCAGCAGGAGAGCAAGUUUUCAAACAUACAUUUUCCCUGCUGCAAGGCUGGAAGGCCUGUUGUAGCAGAGUCGUCUGUCUAUAAUAGGACCGGGGACACGUGCGGGGGUGUCCUGAGCAUUGCACAUGGCCACACAAAACAUACAAAAGUAAAGCCCCGCGCUAGUAAGGCAGAGUCAUAGUUAUAGUGUUUAAAUUCCAAGUUAAAUAUAGAUACCAAACCUAGCGACACGGUGACGACAAAGGGCAAAAGGAAGCAACCGAAAGCGGCGAGUCGAACGGGGAAUGAGUUAUAAAAUAAAUCUUGCAAAAAAAAAAUAAAACCGAAAACAUAUCAUACCUUGUAAUGCUGUUGCAAUCUAAUGAUAAAAAUCGAAUAGUUUUAAGCUACGCUGGAAUGGAAACACGGGCACAGAGAAACGGUGGCAAGGCACGCACGCAGAUUGGCUUCUGGUCCGGUGGCGCGGACAUUCAGGCCCUGGCCAAACUAAAUCACAAACAGUAAAAAGCUAGAAUCACCCAAGUGAGGUUAAGGCAAAAAGACGAGUACGAAACUUCAGACACUUUUUUUCAAAAAUUCACACACACAGCAGUAUGAGCAGUAUCACUUGCACCGAACAACUUAAAGACGUGAAAUUCGAAACGACGACGGUGAAAGAGAACAAGUAAAACAACCAAAAAUUAACAAACAAACCCUCGUUUUACACAUACACUCACAAUUGCUCUGGAAAAUGAUACUAUGCAACAGAAAAAAUGACAGGAAAAUCAACUCCACUUGGCCAACAGCGCACUCUUAACGCCAGCUAACCAGGUCGCAACACGCAAGCCUCCUCCAUCUAAAAACCACGCGCAAGUGCAAACAGACAUUACGAAAGCCAAAUGUAGCCCAGACCGGGAAGGGCUUAAUAAAACUUUGGCCACACUUUGGUUUGGGUUGAUCAUCUGGAUGGGCAACACACACAAACAAUCGACUGUCGACUGUGGCAAGCUAAUCAAACUAUUUCAAACACGACUGUGCUUUUCGAGGGGCGGGAGAUUCUGCGAAGGACUGCGUUUAGAUGUACGAUUUUCUUUGCAAUAAUUUGCACACGAGGACACUUUUCCGUAGCAGCAAUAGAGCUGAUUUGGCGAAUGGAUGCCGUAGGAAAGUGCGGUGGUGUGGUGAAAAGCAUGUUCAGCCUCUAGCGGGUUUCUAACCCUCAAAAAUGCAUUGUGCGUGUUGUUGCUGUAGCGGCCUGUAGCGCGCCAAUUGAUGUGAAUACAAUGAUACACACACAGACACAAAACGGCACCGUUACCGCUGUUCAAUUAUGUAGUCUUAUAUAUAAUAUGUAUACAUAUAGCCAUAUAUAUAUAAGCAUGAAAUGGUUGGGGGCAUAGCGAUGCUAAGGAAGUCAAAGAGCAAGAAGAGAGUAGCGGCGAAUCAGCAGACGCCACCAAAGACAACAAUUAUUAUAGGAAAGUAAAACGGUACAUAAAACAACAACAACAAAAAAAACAACUAAACAACAACAAAAAAUGAAACAAACGCUCUUAACGCGCAUUAUUGUGAUGAUUUCCUUGAAGGUAACUGUUUGAAACAGUUGUUUCUGUGCAACUGUGUGCAGCAAACGACGGUCGACAUGUAGGAAAGAUACUUAGAGAACAUACUACUACUACUACAACUACUACUGCACACGAGCGCAUCUUGCACACCUACACGCGACACGCACAUUGACACACACACACACGCAGACAGACACCUUUCCCUGAUGCACAAUAUGUACAAGUACUCCACAAAGCGUGCACAAAGCGCUGCAGGACAGGAACAGAAUCAGCAGCAUGCCACAGAGCAGCGGCCAGACCUGAAAUGAGGAUGGCCCUGCCCCUGACACGCACCCGACGCUCAUCGUGAUCGUGAUCAUCUCUCUCUCUCUAUCUAGUCUAAUCGCGUAAGUAUCGUGAGUGCUUCACGUAAAUAUUCGUAGUCCCAAGCAGUGAACAGUGGCCAGCAGUCCCCAACAAGCUAGACUAAGUUAUCCCUCAUUCUGUUACUCUGCUUUGAUGCACACAUCAGCACACCUGUAAAGCUGUUGUUGAGUAGCAUCGUUCAGUGCAUUUAGUUUGAAAGUUUGAUUAAUUAGAGAGCAGCUCAGAAUAGCAUUGCGUUCGCCUGGUUUGAGUUUCCGCCAAACACUCGUUUCUCGGUGCACUCGAUGAGUAAAACUUCCUUCCCCCCCUGGCCAAUGAUUCGCGUUGAAAAUGGACCAAUUUUCAAAUGAAGAAAAAUAUUAAAAAGAAGACGAAAAUAAUAUAAAUAGACACGUAUAAUAAAUGGGCAGAUAGUGCGCGCACAAACACAAACACACACAUCGAGGACAAUGCCCAACUCUGUCUCUAGCAAAGCGGUUGAUAGUACACCACCAUAAUACCACAUAAUACUCCCCCUCACAUAUGCUCGUAUGUGCGUCGAAGUUAGGAAAUACUGCUGACAGGACCUUCAGUGAAUCCUGAAUCAUGUCGGGACAGUUUUAGACAGUGUAAGUGAGAUCGAUUUCUGUUCGAGUAUAGCAGUAGCGAGUGGCAGCGCAUUGAGCGAAUGAGCGCACUGCGCAAUGUGGGUCUGUGGAUAAGCCAACAAAAGAACGGUUCUCGUGGGUUUGGAACUGAUAGAAUUGUUCUGUGUGUUCCUCCAGGGGAGCAGAAGAUAUGGCAUUACUCGCGUAUGGUUUGCUUCUUCCCUGUUGAAGCUUCAUUGAUACGAUUUAUUUAUUUGAGACAUUGCCUGCCUUUAAAGCGAAACAAGCAAGAGGUAUCUUAAAUCAACCAAACUCAGAGCCAAACCCAUGCGAGAGAUUGUUUGUGUGAAACAUAGCAUCAACAGCAAGCUAAACCAAGAAACGGUCAGGAGUGAACGGACGGAUAAAAAUAAUAUUCAUAAUACAUAUCAUUUAAGCUUAGACUUUAUGACCGGUUUUAUGAAAAGGUAUAUUUUUUAUUGUGAGAUUCACAUUGGUGGUGGAGCGGUGUAAAAUGGCAGUUGGCCAGUUGUGUGAUGGCCGAAUAAAUCCAACUCACAGCAACUGGAAACAGCAAACAUGCAAAACCCCCAGUAGCGCAAAUACUAUUGAUGGCAUUAAUAACCGUAAGGAGUAGUAAUACCGGGCGUAGCAACGUGGUAGGAACUGCAAUUACACACAUGAUAUUAGCGAGCACCCUGCGGCCAUCUGGCGGUUUAGAGUAUGUAUCCACUGUAUCUUCUUCAUCCCCCCAAGGCUUGCCAAGAACACACCGAGAAUUGGUCGUCCGUUAGUAAUCAAGCUUAGUGUGUUUUCAAGCAUACCGCGUUCGUUUUUGCUCCGUUUCGUGUGCUAGCCGUUCACCGUUAAUGAGUAGUAGCAAAUCAGCAAAUCGGGCUUUGCAGAAGCGGACAGUCAGUCAGUGUAGCAGGUGAAGAUAGAAAGAGGGUAAGCUGAUCGCUGACGUUUUUAGUGUAAGCAUUAGGAGCGUGCCACAUCAUCGAGCCAACGAGCGCUCCUCUGCUCACGUGAUCACGUUGAUACGUGUUGAUAAGAGCGACGGGGAGGGAUAGCAUUUGUUUUUUCAAACAUUAUCAAUCAUUAGGAAGCAAAACCCAAGAUAAGCUAAACGGACAGACAGACAGACAGCGUAGCAGUAGGGGUAUUUAGUAAGCAUGUUCCAAAUUUGACUAAGUGAUAGUAUAAUUAUGAAUUUCGCGUACUAAACAGAAAAGCACACAGCCUAACGUUCAUCGGUGAAAAGCUCAACGAAACUAGAGGCAACAAUUGACGAUCCCAGACACUCAGCACACGCCAGCACACGCUGUUGCUUGCUGCUCCUGGAGGAAAAUGGAAAACACAACCGUGCGCCAAGAUCUGCUGCAAAAUGCGCAUCAAAACACAUCUGUGGUUGCGAUUGCUUUUAGCUCUUGCUCUUGGAGUUCAUCCUUUAAUAACAUUCACAAUUCUUUGACCUGUGUACUAAGAACGAAAUAUGUACGUGCGGCACACCAUUCUAGGCAUCGCGAUCGCUUGCACUUGCAAUCCUUCCCCGCGAAACCCAAGUAUUUGAAGAUCGAACGCUAUGUACGUUGUUGUGUUGGAAGUUAGACCCAGAGCAAACCCAUAGCUAAGUAGUAGGCCUAAAUGACGUACGCUAGGAGCGGCAAACCGACCGAUGCGACGCUGUCCGAUUUUAAAAUCCGGCAACGGCUUAGGGCAUCCGGAAGCGUUCCUUCCCGUUACCGAUACGAAACAAUCACAAUUCUUCGUAGCAGCACUUAAUGAGAGAUGUAGUAGCAGUUAAUCAAUAACUAGAUGCAGCGGCGAAAGAGAACAAAUUGAUCCUUUAAGUACACACUCUUUCUAAAUACAACCUAUGUUUGUGCGGGGGUUGCGCUGAAUAACGUUCAGAUCCUUUACCUUUAAGCUUCUAUUAGCGAUAUAUUGUAGCGUAAUAAGUGGGUGGCUGAUCUUGGGAUCUGCACCAAGGAAAACAAACAACCAAACAAAUGAAACAAAAAACAAAACUACAAACUAAAUAUUGCAUUCCACAGAGCAAAGGCUGCGCAAAUGGUCUGGCCUUUCCGCAAGGCUAUGUGCACAAUGCAACACAAGAGAAUAGUACGGGCUACGAUUUUUUCAAUCAAAUCAAAUAGUAACACGCGCGGCAAGACGCAAGGAACGAGAUGGCAGAGCCGGCACUAUGUAAAGCACCAUUUAACGGACUAGAAAAGGCAACUUACCACUAAACCACAGUUAAUCCACAUAUGUAUUGCAUUCAUUUCCAUGCGCGAUUGUACGACACUGCAUUGCUUUUCGAUUCGUUCUAUUACAAACGAGGUCGGCGAUGUGUGUAUGCGUAACAAGAGCAAACCUUGCAACGAAUUCUACAUGUUCAUACUAAGUAACGCUUCACACACCACAACAACUAAGCAAAAGCUGCAGAUAAAUAAGAACAAUAAAACCAAAAUCCAAACCUUUUUAUCUACCUAACUUAAGUUACACUGCGAAACAUAUUGGUCCUUUAAUCUCAACAACAAUACUGCUGCUCGGUGCCACCGCAAGCACCGAUACACCACUGUAGAGAUGCACGGUUAUGGUUUUCUUCCUCGUAUUGCCUACAGCAUGAAUUAAGGGAGCGAAUCUGAUAGCGCAUUAAAUGCGGAACGUACUCUGUUCGAUGGUUAGAUUAAAUACUCAGUACUAGAGCUAGUAGAAAUUGGCCAAUUAUGAAACGUUACAGUAUGCAAGCGGCGGCAGAUUCUAGGGCAGAUAGGGCGGAAGGAGCCACGCGAACAGAAAAGGAGCGAGCGUGAGGGAGAGCUACACAGCUCGCAGGACAACAGAUGAUAAAGUGUCACUAUAGCAUAUAUUUAAAUUUAUUAAUUCAUUAAUUGAAUCCUUCUAAGAAUAUUACUAAUGGAAAGAAAAUGAAUCAACCAACACUAAUUCAAUGCCCUUGCAUACAGCGAGAGGGGGCUUACAACAAUGGAGGUAAACCGAUAGUAAUCAAGAGGAAACGGGGGAGGGAACGAGCCAACGCAGAAGAGUAAAGGGAAUGAGAGCAACAACACAAUGAUGAAAAUAUAUGAGAUAUAUAAUGCUUUGUUAAAUGUAAAUGUUGUGUAUAGGAAAUAAAAAGUACACAAUUUUAAAACUUU